AUGGUAAUGCAAGCCGGGAUACGCUGUGCGGUUUGUUCUAGGGCGCGAACGAGAAAACGACUGUUAAGCGUGGGAGAGCAAGAAGAAGCGCGAGAAGGCUCGAUGCUGUCAGGAAAUGAGAGCGUCGUCGUUACUCCACGUCGAGUCAGGAUCGAUGAGCGCGCGACAAGAGCUGUCGAGCAGAAGCUUGUUCGGCUUGCCUUGCUCACAGGCGAGGAGGAAAAUCAAGAGCUCUACAGCCCAAGCGACUUGAUCAUCGGAACAGCUCCCAACGCUGAAGCUUUCUCCAGGUGGGCAUCGGGAAACAGGAAGUUCCUCUGUGAUUUCAUCGGAGGAAAGAUCAUCGCAAGGGAACUCCCGCAUAACCCCCAUGGGCAAGCUCAGUUGAAGGUGGGAGCUGCUUUUGACGCACAAGCAGGUGGAUUGCUUGUGGUGGCGACGGCUGUUACCUACAAGCCGGAUUUCGGGGGGGAUCUUUACGAGCCUGACGUGACAGUGCAAGUGCGUGGACAAAGUUCUAUUCUUCCUCCUGGUGUCACGGCUUUGAGAACCUACGGGGCUAUCGUCAUCGAGAUCGCAACAUCCCAGACGCCCAAGAAUCUUCACGAGCGAGCUGCGAUCUUCCUUGGACCAGACUAUCCUCGUUGCGAGCUCUAUAUCGGUCUCAAAAGGUUCAACGAGAGAGCUAAUGGAACUAUCGCUAUGUUGGCUUCGGUCUAUGAAAGGCCAGGAGCUGGCGGAGGGGCGGCCGGAGCUGGAGGUGGAGCAAGGGGUGGGGGACCAAUGCCCAUCCGGCUUGUCUCAUUUGGGACCUGCCCUUUGGGCCCAAAUGCAACCUGGAGAAAUUCUCCGAUUCUCACCAGGGUUGGACAUGGUGGCCUUGCUUUAAAUGGUCCAGGACUUGCAUCUUACAUCCUGUGCUUCCCAGCUCCACAGGUUUUUACGACGUUUGUUCCUCCUGGAGGUGGAGCAGUGGGAGUUCCACCAGCUGGUGCACCUGUGAACUACGAGUUGGAUCUUUAUUAUAUCCAACAAGCUUUUUUAUGCCCUUUUGAACCCACGUAUUGA